GAUUAGUAGUAUCGAGAGUAGCGUGCAGUGUCGGUCACUAUAGGUCCAAGCAUCUGAUCUGCAUCUCUCUAGCUACUUAAACCCGCACACGCGUCGCUGCUCUUCUCUGCGCCCCCUGCAUUGCAUUGCAUUGCAUUGCAUACUGACAGGAGAUGGCAUCGCUCGCGGUGCUACUCUUGCUUGCCCUGCUCUCCAUGACGUUCUCCUCUUCAGCGCAAGGCUAUGGCGUCGGCCGAUGGAUCAAUGCGCACGCCACCUUCUACGGCGGCGCCGACGCUUCCGGCACCAUGGGUGGCGCGUGCGGGUACGGCGACCUGUACAGCCAGGGGUACGGCACGGCGACGACGGCGCUGAGCACGGCGCUGUUCAGCGGCGGGCAGACCUGCGGCGCGUGCUUCGAGCUGCGGUGCGCCGGCGGCGGCGACCGCGGCUCGUGCGUGCCAUCGUCAUCCGUCGUGGUGACGGCCACCAACCUGUGCCCGCCCAACUACGCGCUCCCGAGCGACGCCGGCGGGUGGUGCAACCCGCCGCUGCGGCACUUCGACCUGUCGCAGCCGGCGUUCCUCCGCAUCGCCCGUUACCGCGCGGGCGUCGUGCCCGUCGCCUACCGCAGGGUGCCGUGCCGGAGGCGGGGCGGCAUCCGGUUCACCGUCAACGGCCACGCCUACUUCAACCUGGUUCUGGUCGCCAACGUGGGCGGCGCCGGCGACGUGCGCGCGCUCGCCGUCGGGGCGGGCGGCGCCCGGCGGCGGAGGACGCGGUGGCUGGCCAUGGCGCGGAACUGGGGACAGAACUGGCAGAGCGCCGCGCGCCUCGACCACGGCCAGCCGCUCUCCUUCAGGGUCACCACCAGCGACCGCCGCUCCGUCGUGUCUUACAACGCCGCGCCCGCCGGGUGGGCCUUCGGCCAGACAUUCACCGGCGCCCAGUUCCCGUAGACAGACAAGUUCAAUUUUGGCACGCGCGUGUACUGGGUGCGGCUUCACUGAAUGUGAAUCGAUCAAUCAAUGAUAUAUA